CUUCCUUUCUUCCAACGUUUUGAUGUUUAAAGUCAAUAUGAGUAUCGAGAAUGGAGAAGAGUAGGUCAGGAAUGUCAUGAAAGAGAUGUGGUUUGAGAAUUUCUCACCCUUUCUUGCGUUUGAUUUUUAGGUUUCAUCCUCACGUUGGUGACGACACCUAUGGUGAAGGAGAACAUGGCUGAAGGAUUCUCGAAGAUAGCGUGCCACCACGUUGUUUCUAAAUCAGGAGUUGUUCCAUGUACCUCCCGUUCUUGUCCUCACUAUCAUGCCUCUACUUCAAAUUUUGUAUGAAUGGGUGUCAUACACAAAGUUCAAACAAGGAGAGAAGGAAAUGGCCAUAUGGUGGCUACAUUAAGGAAAGUCACAAAAUUGCAGCCAAAACUGGUGACAAUCAGAGAAGCACUUAAGAAUGCAUAGAAGUUGGAAGGAUCGAGAACUCGAUUCAAUGUGAAAGGAACGAGAUGAUAAGCCUAGCUUGGUAGAAGAUAAAGUCCAGCCUAUCCUAAAACUCACCAUGUCAUUGCAAGAGCUAGAGGAAGCAAACAAGGCACACGAGCAAGUGUACUUGGAAGUUCGAACUGGAAGCUAAGACUACAACUAAAGCAUUCAGUUUCGGAAAUAGAGUGGAAAAAUUUGAAAUUCUUCUUCAAGAUUCAAGUAAUGCACUGAAAGGUCCGACAACAACAUUGAAAUACAAACAACAGAGUUGGAGCAACAAAAAUCCAGCUUCCUAAAGUCUCUCAACUUGUAGUUUCAUCCAUUGCAUAGCUUGGAGGUAUUUCAGCCUGCUGUCAUGGAUGAUGCUACUUCCAUCCCUACCAUGUCGCAGGUUUUUCACUCGAUUAACUAGAAGCUGCAAGUGCAAUGCUUUUCUCAUGGAAAUUGAGAUUUCUUUUCUCACUUAUGAAGUUGCAAGCAUCGGUAAGUACAGUUUUACUUCACUAAAGGAGAAUAACAUUCACUGCAAUUCAUGAUGGUGAUUUUUGUACGUGCAUUUGUGCCUUGCUUCUAGAUUUGAGUUUUGUUAGUGCCACCUCGGUUCUAGAAUGUCUGUGAAUACAGCAUACCGUGAAUUUCAGGAUAGUAGUCUGUGAUAUACCUCAUAUGUGGUUUUCAGGAUAUGCAACUUCCGAACCUUCAUUAAACUGAAAUAGUUUUUUUUUUUGUAUUAUUAUUAUUAUUAUUAUUAUUAUUAUUAUUUUCUUUCAGAA